AUGGAGGAGGACAUCAGGAGAAAAGGGAUGCUUUAUUUUCAUCAGCAGCGCUUCGGGAAGAGAUGGAGGAAGCUGUGGUGUGUGCUGCUGGCGGAGAGCAGGCGCAGCGUGUCACGGCUGGAGCUGUACGAGCACAAACACUCCUCCAUCAAACAGGGCUCCAGCAAACAGGGCUCCAGCAAACGCAAGCCCGACUACAAACAGGUGAUCCGGCUGCGAGAGUGCAUCCAAAUAUCAGAAAGAGAGAUAGCCGACUGCCCCAAAGACUGCGCUGCCUUUUACCUCGAGACCUCAGACAAAGUUUACAUGUUCGCUGCCCAGCGUUCAGAGCUGAAGGACUGGAUCAAGAGUCUGUGCGAGCAGGCGUUCCCUGACAUCGAGGCUGAACAAAGAUUACAAAGAGAAAGCUGCCUUUAUUCUGACCCUGUGAGCACCAGAGAAAUGAAGGAAAACUCACUUUACGACACAGCAGAGAGCGUUCGUGAUUUUCUGGUCAUAGCAGUGGGCACAGAGGCUGCUGUUCAGUGCAGUCUGUAUGGGGAAUAUAUCCUCACUCCCCUGCCGGACUGCUUACUCCUGAAGGAUGUUAAAACUAAGAAAGUGCUAUUCAAAUGGAUGUACUGUUAUGUAAGGAAGUUUGGACAAGACACGCUGUCUUUUUCCUUUGAGGCUGGUCGCAGAUGCGAGUCCGGCGAGGGGAAUUUCGAGUUUGCAACCCAUCAGGGUGAAAGACUGUUCAACAUUGUCAGCGCAGCCAUCCAGAAUCUACCCAGACCCUCCACAGCAAAGCCAAUCAGCCCUGACCAUGUAGAACAAAGUCUAGCUCAAGAAACCAUGGCCACGGAUGAAACGUACGACUACACCAUAGAUAGUCAAGCGUCUGACGUUUUGCCUGAGGGGAAAAUGCAGAAAGCAUCAAAAAUGCUCAACCCCUCUUGGAGGAGCUUUUCUUUGAAUGCAAUUGAGCCAGCAAGUGAAAGUCAAGUGUCGAGCAUCGACACCGACCUCGAGAAUCAGGAACCCAUCUACGCCACAGUGUCAAAAGCUCAGCAAAAAGCCACUUCCCCUACAGACCCUCAAAUGCACUGGCAAAACCUGAGAAAAGCUCUCCAGCAGUCUGCGUCUUUCCGAGACUCUUUCAAGACUGACGCUGACAUUUCGCAGCUGUCUGAUUUCACGAUCCCCCGGGAAGAGGGUGCGCAUGAAGAGACGGAGGCUGCAGAAGGUUCGACUGACUUGUUGGGUGAUUCCAUCCAGCAAUUAGCAAUUAAUGACGCAUUUCAGGACAUCAGUGCAGAAGCAAUUUAUGCAGAUCCACAGGACCUCCAAGCCAGAGCUGAGUGGGUUGUCGGCUUCAUGAAAUCUGCUUGCCUGUAA